AUUGUUCGCACUUGCUAUCGUCUGAACAGCAGUGUUAUGCAUCUGGUGUUUAAUGCAUAUUCUUUACUCUAAAAUCAAAAUGAAUAAAUUAUUCAUCAUUUUGUAUUUUUGUGCCACCUGUGCAUUUGCGAAGGAUUUGUCCGUUGAUGAGAUAUAUUCUCAGUUAAAAAGAGACUUGAAUCAGAAAUUUAACGAAAUGAAAAUGAUCAACGACAAACGCUUCAAAACUAUGGAGAUUGAAGUUAAUCGUAAAUUGGAAGAAAUACAAGGAAACGUUCUGAAAAUAAUCAAGCAAGAUAUGAACAGUAACUAUAAAGAUUCAGACGAAGGACUUGUGGACAUACUGCAGACUCAAAUGGGGGAACACGAAACCGUUGUGCGUAAUGCAAUUUCUUCAGAAAAACGAUAUGUAAGAGAAUCAAUAGAAGACCUAAAUUUGAAGAUAGAACAAGUGGAUCAAAAGAGACGUACAAGUGUUACAGAAAGUGACGUCCAUAGUGAAAAUGGACAGAAAGGUGAUCGCGGCGAUCCAGGCUUCCCCGGACAAAAAGGAAGUAAAGGUGAUAUGGGUCCACAAGGUCCACCAGGCAAUGAUGGUCUUCCGGGAUUAGAUGGCUUGCCUGGAUUACCAGGAUUACCAGGAAAAGGCGUAAAUGGUGAAACCCGAACACAAGGUUUAUCAGGGCACCAGGUAAGUUUCUCUGCAAAAAAGGUAGACACGACGUUUGGUCAUGGUCCAAAUCAACCAAUAAUUUUCAGCGCGGUUUCAGGCAACACAAUGAGCGGCUACGGUCCCACUACCGGUGUAUUUGAAGCUCCAGUUAGCGGCCUGUAUCUGUUUAUGUACUUUGUACAGAUCAGCAAUGCCUUCGGUAAAGUCGAGCUAAGAGUUGACGACAAGGUAAUCAAUACUGCAGAAGCACACAUUAGACCAACUCACAUGCAUGUCUCAGUUCGCGGCAAUUCGAAUAUAGUUGUUUUUGGAGAUGAGAAAUCUGUCCAAAACAGAAAAGCACGAUUCAAAAAUCAAGACUGUUUUAGAGGAAAAUUCUCAUUUAGAGGCAAUUCAAAUCUUGUAAACAUUCAACCUGAUCAUGAUAUGUGUCCAGUGGAAGAGGAGAUAGCAGAUUCUGCAGGCAACUCAGCAGCGGUAUUUGUCCGUGCAGGCCAGAAAGUGUGGAUCCAGACUUCUAGUGACAGUUCAACAGUCAAUAUCAAACCGUUUGGUACAACAUUUACUGGUGUCUUGCUGUUUGAAGGUGAAGAUGAGUUCUGAUGAUUUGAGCGUUAUUAACCCUUAGCCUGAAGGCGGCAAAUGAUUCUACCUUUGCGACGUGCAGGCACUGUUCGCUAUUCAGUCAGUAAUUUUUCAAUGAGCAUUUCCAGUGAAUAACAAGUGGUACUGUCCAAAUUGAACGAUGGACCAGUCCAUUUUAGAAAUUUAGGAGGGUAAAGUGUAUUGUGUUAAGAACUUUGGAGUCUGGAAGCGCUGUGCACUCGUAUCUUUUAUUCUGGUACAUUUAGGAGCGUUUCAAAAUUGAACUUAUGUGUAUAGUUCUCAUAUUGUUUCGGUUACCAAUAUCGGUUAAAUUAGGGCAUGAAUAAUCAUAAUAAUAAUGUUGAUAUAACUGUUACAUUUCCCCAGGUUUCCUGGCAACUGAUAUAGAUUUUGUUUAAGCAUGUGUUUAUUAAACACGGAAACACUAUUUUGCAAAAGGCAAAAAAAUGCUUUGCGCCCAUUUUUGUUCAUAACAGCGAUCCUUCCUCCCAAGGAAUACUGUUUGCCAAACUCACAUGGAGGUAAUUAGCUUACGGUGGAGAAAUGGUAUACAUGCGAAUAAAUAUUUAUACUUCAGUUAACCAAAUAAUGUUUGUUAACAAAAUGCUUUUAUUUUGGUAGUUGAACCUGUCUACGAAAUCAAAUUCAAGUUAGUUUCCCUUUUUUCUAUCAAAGAGUUUAAAUCCACGCACUAAAUAUUUUUUGCUGGCUCAAACAAAGGCAUUACAUACCAAGAAGAUACGCACCCCCCCCCCCCCCCCCCCAGCCCCAACGAACAAGUAAAAAACUCCACUUCAAAUUAAGUCCACGAAUUGAUGUGCCAAUGAAAUAGCCAUGGCUGCCACAAACCACGAAAUUUUGUGUCCACGAAAUCAAACAAUUCCACAGUAUGCUAUAAACAAGGAAAUCUUGUAUGUCCGGGGCCUUAAUUAAUUCUUAGAAAUUUAGAUAUAGACUUAAGUACGACAAAUAUUUCAUUUGUUAUACGUUUGUUUCAGACAAAUAAAAAUUGCCUGACUAGUUUGUAGCUACAUAAUGCCACUUCGUGCAAAGUUUCAUCACGGUCUGUGCUAUCUUGGAUAUAACGGCCAAUGGUUUGUAUUCAUCAAUGUUUUAAGCCUGAAACUUUAACCUUUUUCCUACUAAAUUUCUAUAAUGAACAUGUCCAUCUUUCAAUUUUGACUCUCAAUUUGGACAGAACCAGGCUGAUCAUGAUCUUCACUGGUCGCAAAGGCAGAAUCAAUCGUGUCAAGCAUGAUAAGAGUUAAGAUGCUAAAUUCUCUGUUCGCUUUGUAAUUAUAAAAUCAGCACAGAUUUUCCGAGUGCACAUGUAUAUUCUGCAUUUACUUAUAUGUCACCAAUAUUGACAUCAGCUUACAUUUGCUAUAAACAAAGUUAAGACAAGUUGAUCAUUUGCCAUUUUUAGGUUUGAGUUUUUUAAACUUCGUUUAUCUAUCAUUGCUGUUAAUUAAUUACAUGUACCAUUAUCUAAGGUUUCUGUAAUUUAUUUAGUUAGAAUGUUUUAAAGCAGCGAAAAUAUCAUUUUUCUUUUUCGCUGGUAUGGAACUGCUUGGAAGUCAUGGCAAUAUCAAUUAUUUAUUUCAGGUAUUUGUAAAAUUACAUUGAAAAGCACAAAAUAAAUACUAUCAUCACAUGACACUCCUUAUUAAAAUCACUGGUCUGCAGUUUGUGCUAUUGACUAUUCCAUACUUCAACAUAACAUUUUGCUUGGCUAAAGUAGAAUCAUGGAGAACAAAACUACUAAAAUUAUUUCGGAUGUCAUGUUAUAUUUAGACCGCUUUGUUGUAUAUUUCUGCUCUACUGGCUUUGAAUAAAAUUUGUAUCUUUAUCUGA